AUGGCAAUAGAAUCGAGCAAGGAUAUCAAGACCUUCGGGUUUAUUGGCCUUGGCUUGAUGGGCAAGCCAAUGUCUAUCAACCUCGCCUCAAAACUUGAAGCCGACCAGCAUUUAUUCGUGUUUGAUCUAGUCGAGUCUGCUGUGCUGGAAGUAUGCGAGUCUGCGCCAGAUCGUGUGUCGCCCUGUCAGUCGGCUCAGGAUGUUGCGAACAAGGCUUUGGACGGCAAGACGUUGAUAGACUGUUCCACCAUUGAUGCCGCGACCACACUGUCAGUCAAGGAUCAUCUAAAGCAGCACUUUCCUCGAACGAAUUUCUACGACGCACCUGUCAGCGGAGGAGUCCUGGGAGCUAUCAAAGCAACGAUCGCAUUCUUCCUGGGCUGCAAUGAAAGCGAUCCGAAUCUUCCGACAUUGAAAGUCAUACUAGGAACCAUGGGCAAAGAGAUCAUUCCGUGUGGAGGCCCUUCGCUGGGCAUAGUGUCCAAGCUCUGUAACAACUACCUUUCUGGCACAAUCACAAUAGCUUGUUCCGAAGCUUUCGACAUGGGCAUACGCGCCGGUGUCGACGCCCAAGUUCUCUACAAAGUGUUCAGCGCGGGCACGGNNGGUCAGAACACAAUAUCUGAUAAAUGGUGUCCUGUGCCUGGUAUUGUUGCCGAAGCACCAUCAUCCAAAGGUUACAAGGGUGGCUUCAAGAUCCAGUUGAUGCUCAAAGACUACAGCCUCGCGACUAGCCUGGCUGAGAGUUUGGGUUCGAAGCCUGUACUUGGAAAAGCAGGUCUCGAGGCAUGGAGAGAUGCAAGUGGAGAUUCGAGGUUCUACGACCUAGACUCGAGAGUGAUGUAUCAGUACGUCAAGGCUAGAGGAGAUGCU